AUGUCGAAUCUGGAGCAAAAAUACGCACUUCUUGAAGACGAUACAGGAAGCGAACAUGAAUCUCAGAACUUUGAUCAUUCAUCACCCAAGACAACACGGAAAUCAAGGAGCACAAUAUUAUUAGCUGGAUCUGGUCUCAAGCGUGAUAUACCUGUUCCUUGGCCAGUCUACAGUCCUUUCGAUAACCGAAGUGACCCUAAAGCUACCGACAAAGAAUGGGAAAAAAUUGGUAAAAUACGUCUUGGUGUAAUUGCCCUUCCUGAUUCUUGUGUUGCAGAGAAGGGUCUUCGUAAAGCUCAAAGAUUUCCAUGGGAUAAUUCAAAAGGUGUCUAUCUCAUAAAUGCAAAUCAUAAUCUGAGUUGCCUGUUGAAACUUAGGAUUUCUUUGCUGGAGUUCCACCGUGGGGAAGAACGAAGUGGCAUAUUUGCGCAUGUCACUCACUGUCUUGAUGCUCUCAGACAAGGCAUUAAAUUUAAUGCGGACGAUACACCUGAUGGUCUGGCUAUGGACAUCGUAUCACCGGCAGAUCCGGUGUAA